UGUUUAAGCCAAGCUACCUAUAAGAGCGCCGCCGCUUGUGAAAGGGAGAGUAUCACUGUGAAUCCAAAUUCCCCAUCCGCUCUAAUAGAAAAUGCUACACCAAAGCUUAACCAUCAACGGCGCAGCCACAAAUACAGACACUAUCUUCAGCUUUAAUCCCUGUUUGGCUCCACGAAUAACGCCACCACCACCGCCGCCGACCACACUCAGCUUCUUCUUCUCCAUGAACCACUCCGCCAAACAAAACCCUCUUCUCUCUUCUUCUUCUUCUUUGAAGCACACAACUCCAGUCUUCGCUUCUCAGGCCUCACGUGUCACUCACGAGACCUCACCCAGCAAAGAUGAUGUACCUGUACAUGGACUAUCUGAGGUGAUUGUUGGUGUUUUGGGAGGAGGGCAACUGGGUCGUAUGCUAUGUCAAGCAGCUUCGCAAAUGGCUAUUAAAGUAAUGGUUUUGGAUCCGCUUGAGAACUGCCCUGCAAGUGCACUUUCUUAUCAUCAUAUGGUCGGAAGCUUUGAUGAUAGUGCUAUGGUUCAGGAAUUUGCGAAAAGAUGUGAUGUAUUGACUGUAGAAAUUGAGCAUGUUGAUGUUGCAACCAUGGAGAUGCUUGAGCAACAAGGAGUGGAUUGCCAGCCUAAAGCCUCAACCAUCCGAAUUAUUCAGGACAAAUAUCUUCAAAAGGUUCAUUUUUCUCAGCAUGCCAUUCCACUUCCUGAGUUCAUGCAGAUAGAUGAUCUUGAAGGUGCCAAGAGAGCAGGUGAACUAUUUGGCUAUCCUCUUAUGAUUAAGAGCAAAAGGUUAGCUUAUGAUGGGCGUGGAAAUGCUGUUGCUCACAAUGAGGAGGAGCUCUCUUCCGCUGUAGCUGCUCUUGGAGGAUUUGAUCGUGGUUUAUAUGUUGAAAAGUGGGCACCCUUUGUAAAGGAGCUGGCUGUCAUUGUUGCAAGAGGAAGAGACAAUUCUAUUUUGUGCUAUCCUGUUGUUGAAACCAUUCACAAGGAAAACAUUUGUCACAUAGUCAGGGCACCAGCUAAUGUGUCAUGGGAUAUUAGGAAACAUGCUACUGAUGUUGCCUACAAAGCUGUUAGUUCAUUAGAAGGUGCUGGUGUGUUUGCAGUUGAAUUGUUUUUGACUGGGGAUGGUCAGAUUCUUCUAAAUGAAGUGGCUCCUAGACCCCAUAAUAGUGGUCAUCACACAAUUGAGUCUUGCUACACCUCACAAUUUGAACAACAUUUGCGGGCUGUUGUUGGUCUUCCACUUGGUGAGCCAUCGAUGAAAACUCCUGCUGCUGUCAUGUACAAUAUACUGGGUGAAGAUGAGGGUGAGCCUGGUUUUAUUUUAGCUCAUCAACUGAUUAGAAGGGCAUUGAGUAUUCCUGGGGCUACUGUUCAUUGGUAUGACAAGCCAGAAAUGCGAAAGCAGCGAAAGAUGGGCCAUGUCACAAUUGUUGGGCCUUCCAUGGGUGAUGUGGAAGAACGAUUAAAAUCAAUUCUGAAGGAAGAAGGUUCUGAUUGUAAGGCUGCAGUGACACCACGUGUUGGGAUCAUUAUGGGUUCUGAUUCAGAUCUUCCUGUUAUGAAGGAUGCUGCAAGGAUUUUGAAUAUGUUUGGUGUGCCUUAUGAGGUGAAAAUAGUUUCAGCUCACCGGACCCCUGAAAUGAUGUUUUCAUAUGCCUCAUCUGCCCUGGAGAGAGGCAUUCAGAUUAUCGUUGCUGGUGCUGGAGGUGCAGCCCACUUGCCAGGUAUGGUAGCUGCACUCACUCCCUUGCCUGUUAUUGGCGUCCCUGUGCGUGCUUCUGCAUUGGAUGGACUUGAUUCACUCCUGUCCAUUGUGCAGAUGCCAAGGGGUGUUCCAGUUGCAACAGUUGCAAUAAACAAUGCUACCAAUGCAGGUUUGCUUGCAGUAAGGAUGAUGGGGAUUCGUGAUGCUGACCUAUUGGCAAGAAUGAGCCAGUAUCAAGAAGACACAAGAAAUGAUGUCUUGAGAAAAGCAGAGAAGCUGGAAAAGGAUGGUUGGGAGUCCUAUUUGAAUCCUUAAGUACAUAACUGCUUUGCCUGCCAUAUGCAUGAUUUUUGUGAGUUUGACACACUAUGGAAGUUCAAGUUUGGAGAACACAUUACCACAGCGAAAUUUGGAAUUAACUAAAGAAUAUAUCCCAAGAGGAUCAAUAUAUGUAGGAUGAAUGCAAAAAUGUGUUAACAGAAAGAAGUUCAAGUGAGGAUGGAACUGGCAAUUUUGCUUCAGUUUUGAGAGAUCAAGGACAGAAAACAGAGGGCGUUUCUGGGACUGGGAAGAAGCCUUGUAUCCAUUGUAGUUGCUAUAAGGGGUCCACUGUAGCAGUUGAGUUGAAUGAGUCAAAAGAACUUUUUAUCCCUUUAGUUGCAUAAGGGUGUUCUUUUGACCUUAAUAUUUAGAUGGUAAUCAAUGAUUGAUUACAGCACUGAGUUCUUGUACGUUUACAAUGAACGAUUUUUCUAACUGGUCUCAAGCAAUUGUUCUGCCAUUGAAGGUCAGCGAGCUGCUCAAUUCAAAUCUCUGAUAUCUAUUGGUAGGCUUAAGCUUGUCUUUGGAUGGUGGCACAGCCACAUGUUAAUUGGAUUGAAAUAUAGAUUUGAAUAUAUCAUUGUCUAUUCUUGUUA